UUAAAAACAACCAGCUAUUUUUUAUUUUAUUCAAUUAUGUUAUAUUCUACAGUUUAAAAACUAAAAUUGUACAUAGACUAUUGAAAUCCAAGACCAAAAAAUUCAUAACAUGAAUUCACCUACUAUAUUUAUGGCUAUAUUAGUGUUAGCUGUUGAUUUCUCCUUAGCAACGUCUAUUAUACAUUUUAUUUUGAUUAUAGAAGAAAAUUUAUUAAGUUGUGGUUUUUGUAAUUCUCAUUCAAAUUUAAAGCAAGUUUCUCCGUGUUCUCACGUAUAUUGUGGCCCCUGUAAAAGUAAACUUUUGGAUUGUUUGUUGUGUAAAAAAAAUAUAACAAUGGACAUAGUAAAAAAUUUACGCUGUUCAAUAUGUAAUAAUAAGUACGACAUAUUCAAGAAGUCCGAUAAAGUAUACUGUUCGAGGUGUAAUGAUUUAGGUAAUAUCCCACAAGAGAUUGAAGCUUCGUUAUCCAAACAAAUCUUAGUCCCACAAGAGAUUGAAGCUUCGUCAUUCAGUCAAAGUAAAGUCCCACAAGAAACCGAAGCUUCGUCGUCCAGACAAAAUGUUGUCCCCAAUGAAUUUAUAAAUUACAGUCCAGAUAAUGAAAUUAGAAAUCAAAGUACUAAUUAUCAUAAUCAAGAUAAUGAAGGCAACAGCACAUAUAAAAUAAAAGUCACACUUGAUAGUAACGGAAACCCAUUUUACGAUUUUUUGGAAGUAAACGAUGAUUAGUCAUAGAAAUAUUUGAAAACAAAAUAUAUGAGUACAAUAUUUGAAAACCUUAACAUCUAACUAAAAGUUUGAUACAAUUCAUGCGUUAAAUUACAUAAUUUCAUAUUAUAAAUAUAAAUAUAAUAUAUAAUAUAAAUUU